AGGGCACAAAGCAUGAGGGCUGGAAGAGGGACCCCGGGUACUUGCUUGGCAAAUGUAAAGAGGUCACAAGGAGGUGACUUGGACAAACUAUCAUGUGGCCUUGAGAAGAGAAGCCAGAGGGAGCCCCAGCCAGCAGAUGUGCCUUCCUGGACAGAUCAGCCUGCAGCAGAUACUGAUGGAAAGUCACAGGACACAGUGGUGGCAUCCUUGGAAAUGAAACAUGAUCAGAUUGAGGCUGACCUCAUACUUCACAGUGGGUACAAAGUGCUUCAGUAUCUGAAGGAAUCAAUGGGAAGAAAUUUGGCUCCAGCAGCCUCCGUAAGCAAGAUUCUGUCAUCUGCUUUGGAAGAACAUCUGGCUGGGGUAUCCUGUGGCAUCGGAGAUGCACUAGGAAGUAACUGGCCAGGAAAAGGGCCCAGGGCCACAGACAGCUGUGGACAGUACCCCAAAGGAGAGUCCUGGGUGUCAGGAUGGCCAGGUCAUCCGAAACUGAGGGAAAUGGGUUUCUUGAAGUGUGAACUUCUAAGUGCCGUUCCUGAGGGGCUGGGCACCAGGUCGGAACUGUCUUACCCAUAUUCUGAGCUGUGCCAGCUGCCACAUGCUUCUGCCCAUUAUGAAGUUCUCCCAGAAGAUGAGACAAGAUGUGUAUCCCUCGACCAUUUAAACCCUAUGUUUUCAGAGCAAACAGUAGAAUACGAGAAAACUCUCUCAAGCUUAAAAAGUACUUCAGAUGGUCUGCAGAUAGUCGUGAGGGUCACUGGCUCUGCAAUCCUCCAGAUUAGCAAGUCUGAUGCCAUAGAUAAGGUACAGGCAGAACAAUAAAAAUAGAUUAAUUUUAAAGGUCGUCUUGCAGUUUCUUUUGCAUUAAUUCUGGUGUAUGCUGCAGCCAUUCAGUUCUUGCUCUGAUUCCUGUGACCAGAUACACCUCACUGAUUGAUGCAGAGAGACAUUUUUGAGCAUGUUUUCAAUCGUUUGGAAAGACUCAGAACUUGGGAAACCCUUCUAAGAGAUGAUUGAUCUAUCCAGUAUAGGUCAGACAAAAACCAUUUAGCGCAGAGUUCUUUCUCGCGGAGACCCAUUCUAAAGGGCUAGCAUCCCAGAUGCCGCCUGUCUCAGCUCACCUCUGGCCAUCUGAUGGAAGUGGAGAUCCGAAGCCUGCUCCCACUUCUUGUAAGCCUUGCUCUGGUCCGAGCCUUGCCCUUCCUGCACUGUGUGGACUCCCUGACCUGCAGUCACACGUCUGUUCUCGCUGCCCCUUUCCUUCCGCUUGAAGUGCAGGUGUCAAUGGCGGCACUUUGGAGAAGUUGCAAUAUUAAACUUAGGAUUACCUUCAAUCACAGAAGAGUUUGGGACUCUUCUGCUGACAGAACACAGAUUGCAAAUGAAGUAUUUCCCUUUUCCCAGAUGCUAGGAUUCGUGAUCUCUUUUACAUUAAGAUUUUUUUCUAAAGUAUUUCUCCCUUUGUGGUUUGUUGAUAACUUUAAUAAAGGUCAUUUAAAGAGUGGACAUUUUUAAGCUCCCUACCCAAGAGAGAGUUAAAAACAGCCCUGGGGGGAGGGGAACCUGACUGUCAUUUAUACUGUGUGCUAAAUUACUAUGCCAUGGGCUAUUUUAGUGUUUUGGGCAAAUAAUAAAAUCUGCUCUUUAGCAUAAUAAAUGUUUUAUUUUGUGUG